GAUCUCUCGAUGCUGCGUCUGGAUACGACGUUGCUUCAGUCCGUCGAGUACGUGGCCGAAGGCGCGUACGGUCAAGUGUGGCGCGGCACCUACCAUGGCAACGCGGUGGCCAUCAAGGGACUGCUGCCAGGCAAAGCAUCCCGCGUCGCAGUCGCCAACCUCGCCAAUGAGAUUCUCUUG